AUGCAACAGUGCUCGGUGGCGGAAAAAGUGCAACGUUGGAAAGAGGGUAUGGGAAAGAAGCGGGCGGCAAAGUCGAAGUCGAAUAAAUUAGAAAGACUAGGAUCGAGUAACGAGAGCUCCAGGCAUGGCACAAGGCAGGAGGACGGAUCUCGAGACUCCCUAGACAGUGGCCUUAAUAGUUUAUCCGCCUUGGAUGACGAUACGCAUCGCGGAUCACUGAACGUCCUGAACAGCCGGAUAGGCUCGGCUUCCCCUUCGAACGGCGAACACGACGUCGACGAUACGCCGACGAGCGUUAUGAGUAGCAUUGCGUCGGACUGUGAGAUCGAUGUCUCGGACAUCGAGGAGCACGAAGAUCGACCACAUCAAAAUCGGAGCAGUACCGCCGAGUCCUCCUGCAUGAGAGUCGGAUCGACAAGUUCCUUCUCAAGCGGUGGAGACGAGGAGCACCAGGCUAGCGUAGUUCCAAGCAACGAUGAAGUCAUUGCAUUCAUGGAGACUUACGUCGACAAUAUUUUCGACAACUACGAGUUGAUCAGCCAAACUGACAAGGCAAAGUUCGGCGCUCUAGCCAGGAUGGCCCAGGGCCGAGACGCGUUUGCUCGGGCCUUGAACGCAAAGCGUGUCGGAAAUCAGCGGGUCGGAGAAGGCGCCUUCCUUAGUCUUAACCAGAGCUUGGCCGUGAUCCUGUUCGAAUGCAACGAGGCCCACGACUGGUCACCUGCAAAAGUUCUCAUGAACAUGUGUCUUACGUUCUACGUCGAGAAUGAAAAUUCGGAACGCGAACACCUCUACACACAUCUCGCACCGCAGAGGAUUUGGAAAAGUCUGACCUUCUGGAACUGCGCUUUUUUCGAAGCGAUUCUUUCGGAACGCGCAAAGUUCAACCUUCCCACGACGACGGUCGGAGGCGUCAUGCAGGUUCCCGACCGGGAGUCCCAGCGGGAGUGUCUCGAGAAAAUCACGUUCAGUCAAUUAGCCACCUUCACGCAUAAUAUGCACGCCUUCGGGUUGCCUUUGGAGCUGUGCCUUGAAUUCCUAGAGAAGCAGGUUGUCAUCGGGAACCUCCCGACUGAGCUUGAAGAGCUCCUCCACGACAACGUUACGCGACUCUACGACCGGCUUUCGCCAUGAACGCGAUGAGGCGUAAAAGCCGGAACGUCCCGCGUCGAGGGAGCUGUUGCUGAUCGAGUCCGAGCGAGAGGGGUCCCGGAAGCGAGACGGAGCGAGGCUGGAGGGAUCCCUCGCGGUAGUCCACCCGCUGUACGGAGAGCGCUACACAAAGACGAGCCACAGAUUUUCUAUUUAUCGCU